ACAUGCGGAACAUGAUGGCUGACAUGAAGGAGGAAAGGUUAAAGCUAUAAGUGAUGAUGGUCCAGACGAAAGGGGGGGAAAGGAAGGGAAAAACACCCGUUGUGGAGGAAGUGAGUAGUAGCAGCAGUGAAGAGGAAGACGAGGAGGAAGUGGAGCCCCCUCGAAAAUUGACUAAAGCGGAGCGGAAGGCCCUGAAUCAGAUACGAGGGGGGCAGGGCACUAGUAAAAAGCAGCGGAAGAAUAAUGGAGGAGGUGGACAAGGAAGCAACCAGGAACAGGCGGCUCAAACCCCUCCUCAGCAGCCCCAGGCUCAGGCAAGAAGCCGAGGCCGAGGUCGAGGUAGAGGCCAAGGCGCUGGGGGAGGCCAAGGAAAUGGGGGCGGCCGAGGCAAUUGGCAGAAUUGGUUUUGCAAGUACUGCGGACAAGAUGGGCAUGGGAUACGGUCUUGUCAGACCGUUACCAAAGAUGAAAACGAUAAGGUUAUAUAUACGAAUAUCAGAGGCGAGGUCUACGACUUCGAAGGGAACCUCAUCGAUCCUAAUGUGGAGGGAGGAAUGAGAAAGGAAGCCUUCCGACGUAUGGGGCGAGAUCUCCCAAUAACUUUUCGACUGGCUUCCCCGGAAGAAGUCGAACAGAUUGAGUUGGAAGCGGCGAUGGAGUCAUUAACAAUUGAAGAUGUCAAGGCCGCAGAUGAAGGGUUGAGCAAAGAGCAGGAAGACAUACUGCAGCGAGCUCAAACAGUGGUCAGAAAAAUGACUCAAUGCAGGGAAGCUUUCGUUCAAAUAUGUGUCGACAGGAAUGAAGAGUGGUCCGGGCUUCCCCAAGUUUUUCUGUUUGGAGGAUGGGACAAAGACGGCCAAGGAGGUCUUACUGAUGUUACCGCAUCGCAGCCUAGAUCGCCGUCGGCAGGGCGUCUGAUGGCCACCACGAUCUUGUCCCGUCCUGCUUUCAAGCGACCUGCCACUGCUAGCCUCCCACAAACUCGGAGGGCUCGGAAGCCGCCACGGCCAAGGGCAACGCCGGAAGAAGGGCCAAGUCAACCUCGAGAAACCGAGACAAUUCCGAUUGAAAAAAACGAUAGCGAGGAGGACGAAUUGUUGCGGGCAGAGGAUGAGCGGCAGAUCAAACAACGGACCAUGGAGAGGGAGCCAAAAACGGGCAAGACCGAUGUUGGGGAAGGAGAGUUGAAAAAGAAGAAGCAAGUCUACACAAUUCCAGUAGAGCAAGGGCUGGAUAUUGAGCAAAUUGUGGACAGGAUUUUAAAAAGCCAGCGCGAUUUGUUCAUGCUCAAGGAGUUCUUGGCCGCGUCACCCAAAAUCCGAGAGGAGUUCAGACAUCGAUUGUCAAGAAAAAAUGUGAUGACGGUUAAGAUGAGUGAUAUCUUUCCUCAAGAGAUUAGUUGGGCUCCGCCUGAGACAAAAAUGGACUGGCACUGUGUAGCAACUGGGUUGUUGAAGGUGCAAGUUGGGCCAUGCGAAUAUUCGGCGCUCAUCGACGAUGGGGCUGAAAUGAACAUUAUACGUGAAAGAGAAGCCAUGGGGGCAUGAGUAAACAUCAAUCGAGCGGAUACUGGAUUUCUGGUGGGUGCAAGUGGGAUAACUCCCUUUUGCGGAACGGCGAGUGAC